GUAGUGCAUUUCUCCACUCCAACACUCCCUCUCCAGCUCCAAGUGUCAUUUUUCGUUAGGAUCUUAGGAAUUCUGAUGAGCGUUUAGGAGUAGUAGUUGUUCAUACAUCUAAUAGCUAGUGAGAUCGAGGAGAGGAUGGAGGUGUUCAUCCACGAGGACUACGUGAACAAGCGCAAAGAGGUGAGGCGGGAGCAGAGGCGGCGGCAGCUGCAGAUGCUACAGGUGGGCGGCAACCCCGGCGCGUCCCGGGAGGCGCUGGCGAGCCGGGAGAGCCCGAGGGUGCCGGAUCAGUGCCUGACGCCGACCGGCGCGUCGCCGUCCGGCGUCAGGUCCCCGACCGCGAGCGCGCUGUCGCCGGCCGGGGAGGCCGCGGGAUGGCCGUCGGAGCACCGCCGCCUCUUCGACUGCCUCAAGCCGUACUAGAGGCAAAGAGUGGCCACAUGCUGGCUUGUCGUCCGGUCCAACUGAAUAAGCGUGGAGUUCGUGGUGGUGGAGUGACCUCUGCUCCUGUAAAUUUCAGCUUGUUUUCGUGUUCGUUUCGGGCCGUGUAUGUGCACCAGGUUUGAAAUGAUGAAAUGUUUCAGAGUCGCAUGCGUGUGCUGGCGCCUUUAGCUGCUAACUGUUGGCAUGAACAUGUACUAGCGUGAGGCCGUUCUGGUCUGUUCCAGGGUCUGGUGAUGCUUGAAUUCAGUGACUGAAUUGAGCAAUCUCCUGCUGGUCCAGAGCUGUCCAGUGGUUCAUGUUCAUUUGCCCCAUGUUGCGUGAUAAGAUGUGUACUUGUAGUGUGUUCCAAGUUAUGGAUCAGCGGUUAGCCCAAGAAAA